AUGCGUCGCGCCGACUUCACCGCCGCCUUCCCAGAAUUAGAAUUCCCUCCACUAUUUACCUCACUACUACCACUACUACUGCAAACUACUACCAUCACGUCUCCUAGCGCUACUCCUCCUCCUCUUCCUCCUCCUCCCUCUCCUCGGUCGCCCAUCUCUCUUCUAUCUCUCUCUCUCUCUCUCUCUCUUUUUCCUUUCCCCGCUUCCCUUCCCCUCAAUACUCCCGCUCUUCUUUAUCUUACACUUCAACUAAACACACAACCCCUCCCACCCCCGGGUACUUGUUGCAGCUUGCUUAUCUCCUCUUACUCCCUUCCCUUUUUCGACGGAGAUGCCUAUUUUCGACAUCAAUCACCAUUGCUUUGCCUCUUAAGACUUGCUUCGCCAGCUCAUCUAUGA